AUGCUUCGAAAAAUAGAGUCCCCCGCCAAAUGUGAAUUGCGUUCCGUCAUUCGAUUUCUGCAUGCUGAAGGAAGUAAUGCAGCUGAAAUUCAUAGACGAGUGAGUAAAGCGUACGGAGAAGCUUUCAUGAGUGAUAGCAACGCGUGGAAAUGGAGCAGGAACUUUGAUGCUGGACGUACAGAUGUUCGUGAUGCAGGCGUCCAGGGAAGGAAGUCAGUGUCAAGCGAUGAUCUUGUUCAGCGCGUGGAUCAGGCGAUUCGCGGAAAUCGCCGGUUCACAAAUUCCAAGUUGAGUGAAUUGAUUCCGAAAAUUUCACGGUCAGCACUGUAUACCACUGUGAGUAAAAGACUCAAGUACCGCAAACUUUGCUUGAGAUGGGUUCCCAAGAUGCUGUCUGACCAUCACAAAACUCAACGAAUGGGCCCCGCAUCAACCGUCCUUCAGCGAUACCACGACGAAGAUGAGCUUUUGGACAAAAUUGCCCCGGGAAAUUACGCUAUGGGUCCAUGGAAACUGAAGAAACGCUGA